AUGGAGACAGGUGGACGUCAAGGGAGGGAAACGAACACGGAGGCCCCGAGCCAAGCGCCCCAAAGCGCACACCGACUCAGACCUCCGCGGGCACAGAUCGGCCAAAAGAGAAGCACCCGCAGAAAGCGGCAGAUCGCGGGGGGUCCGGAGGCAGGCUCAGGCGGCGACCCGGAGAAAACACGGGAGGAGAAACAGCCGGGCACGCCGCGGGGACCCACGCGACCCCCGACAGCCGCCCCCUCCGCCCUCCGCGGGGCCCCCCGCGCGCCCCGCCGCCCGCGCCCCGCGUCCCGGGCUCCCCUGCGGGCCCGCCCGAAGGUGUGUCCGCGGUUUCCACACCUGAAACUUCCUAGGAGAGCCAGAUCCCUCCCUCCCGUCCGGGCGGGGAGGGGCGGGCCGCGGGUGGGGCGGCUGGGGCGGCCGGGCCUGCGUCGGGGACGGCCGGCCGGCGCCUGGGACCCGGAGGGGACUCUCGGGCCGAGAAGGCAUGUGACACUGCCCAGGGCAGGAGAAGCUCUGUGGAGGCUGGUGGCCAGGCUGUACCCCAGGUGGCCUGGUAACAGAGGACAGGAGAGCGCACCAGGGGCUAGCAGUGCGGAUGGAGAGAUGUGCACAGAUGUGAGGUGCAUAGGAGGGCUUCGCCCUGAUGCGGGCUGAGGAGCCCCCACUCAGGGCCUCGACCCCCAUCCCUGCCAUAGCAGAGCUCGGUGUUACCCCUGAAGCCCUCAGGGGGAGCAGUCAGACCGCCGCCUGGGGGCCCGAAGGUCGAGAAGGCUAGGUGCCAUCCUGUACCUGGGCAGAGCGACGCAGACUCUCGGAGACGCAGCAAAGAGACCUAAGGGAUGUGGACAGCUGUGCAGCUGACAGCAUGACCUCGUUCCCCAAGGAAGCCUCUGCAGGUGCGGAGACCAACCAGG